AUGUCUAACAAUCCCACGGACGGAUCUUCCGAGGACUUCUUCGACCAAAUCCUAGGGUUUCCGGCAUAUGCCGCGGCCGAUGCCAAUUUGGCGGGAAACGGCGCUGGAGGCUUGGCGGGAACGGCUGCCGCGGCUCCGAUGAUGCUCCAGCUAAGCUCCGGAGACGGCUCGGCUCACCUCGGCGGUGUUAGAAUCGGCAUGGGGCUGGGCGGGGUCGGGGGACCUUUUCACGGAACUGGCGCUGCGCCGUUUCCGCUGGGGCUGAGUUUGGAGCAGGGGAGAGGAGAGUUUAUGAAGAUGGACGAGUCCUCAGCGAGCAUGAAGAUGGAUAUCCGAGCUUCUUCUUCUAUGAAACCUGGUUUCCAUGGCCAACUGAUGCCAAGCUCGGUUCCUGCUAUGCCUCAUCCACCUGCAAUUCGACCAAGAGUGCGGGCAAGAAGAGGACAGGCAACUGAUCCACAUAGUAUUGCCGAGAGGUUACGCAGGGAAAGAAUAGCAGAAAGAAUUAGAGCGUUGCAAGAUUUGGUUCCCAGUGUUAAUAAGACUGAUAGAGCAGUCAUGCUUGAUGAAAUCGUGGAUUAUGUGAAGUUCCUUAGACUUCAAGUCAAGGUGUUGAGCAUGAGCAGAUUGGGGGGAGCUGGUGCCGUUGCACCACUUGUAACUGACAUACCAAUAUCAUUGGUUGAGGAAGAGGGGGGCAGUGAAGCAGGAAGAACUCAACCAGCCUGGGAGAAAUGGUCAAAUGAUGGCACAGAACGACAGGUAGCUAAACUGAUGGAAGAAAACGUUGGAGCAGCAAUGCAAUUUCUUCAAUCCAAGGCACUGUGCAUCAUGCCAAUCUCUCUUGCGUCAGCAAUCUACCAUUCUCAGGCCCCCGACACUACACCACUGGUGAAGCCUGAAACAAAUCCCCCCUCGUGAAUCCUUACAAACAAAAGAUGCCCAGGAUGUCCUAUCACAAAUUGCUCCAACCCAACAGGUCUGCUACCCUGUGCCCUUAAUGAACGUUUCAAAAUGGAAAUCAAAGUCAGAUAUGCCAGGGCCCCAACCUUUGCCUUUAUCUUUCGACUUUAUUCAAGACAUGGUUCGAUGUCGUAUUUUAAAAAUAACCAAAUAUUUUGCUAUUUUGCUUGCUAUAGAUUUAAGUGGAGGAAAUAUUGUCAAAAGUACUCUUGAUAUGCUGCACGAUUUUUUUACAAAUUUUUAUAGUCCGUGGUGGGACUGGGGCUGUAGUGGUGGAUGAUAGAAAGCGCUUUUGUAGUGGGGACUCUGGUUGUGUUAGUGGAUGUUGGGGCCCGAUAAAAGGGAUGGAUGCCUACAUACAUAUAUAUUUUGCAAAAGUUGUAAUGUAUUUCAUAGUGUAAGAACGAAUAGAAAAAGUUGGAUUUUUUAGUCCAACAGGCAUCAA